AUGGAGGUAACAAUAGAAUUACAAGGCCAAUAUUAAGUUGAGUCAUUUGAAACUAUUUUAAAUGAGAAAUCUACACUUUUAAAUAUUGCAGAAAUCAUUUAAGAGGCUUAGUAUUAUGAAUAGUUUAACUUAAGUGAGUUAUUCUGUUUGGAGGUAAAGGGCUAGAAUAAAUUUAUAAGUGGAAGGUAAACAUCAAUUAAAGCAUGUCUAAUUUAAUAUAAGAUUGACAUAAGAGUGCUAACCUUCUAUAGAGGACUGGAUGGCUAGAAAAAAAUGAAUAAAGGAGUGGUUCUCGAUUAAAAUAUCAGAGUGGAAUCCAAUACCAAUCAAAUCAACCAACAGGUUGCUUCGCCAGAAGAGGACAUUUGGAAAGUUUAGAAAAAUACUUAAUAAGCAGGAGGAGUCAUUAUCGGAGGAGGGAAUAUUUCAGCAUCACAACAUUUAAAGAAUUUGGAGAGGAAUAUUAAUCAGCAAAAUUAAAAAGUCAAUUUUGAUGCUCCAAAUUAAUUAGAAACAGUAUAAUCUUAUUCAAACUAACCUAUAGUGUAAUAAAAUUCAAUCAUAAAUUCUCAACCAAAUUAAAUCGGAUAAGCAUAAGUUAACUUAUAAUAAGGUACAUAUUUUGGAAAGAACUAACAAUAAUUUAAUUAAUAAUAAUCAGCCUAAGCCGUUAAUUAGUUGAAAAUUUAAGAAUAAUAAAUUAGAGAACCAUAAAAUUAAUAUUAACCAUCUAAUAUAUCAAACUAAGGAGGGUAUGAAAUUGGUGGAGAUGUAACAUAAAGUCAAUAUAUAAGAUAAUUACAACAAAAUAGCUAAUCAAAUAUUGAAAGAUAACAUUAAUAACAAAUUGAUCCCUUGCUUACAAUGUAAUCAGCUCAAUCGCAAUAAUCAAGUUCUAUAAAAAUAAAAGAUAUGGUAGAUAUUUAAUAGUCUCAAUAAUCUCAGAAUACAAAUCAAAUAAGCUCAAAGAUUGUUGUAAGAUAAUAAAUUCAAUAAACUUAAUAAGACAAUACACAACCAGUUGAUCAUCUUUUAUAAAGACAAUAGCCGCAAUAAUAAUAAUAAUAUAAUAAUAACCAACCAACUGAUCCUCAUUCUUCAAAUUAAUAGCCACAUUUAACACAAUAAAUUAAUAAUCAGCAAUCUGACCUUUUUUCAAGAUAAUAGGUAUAUUCAACAUAAAAUACAUAAUCAAUGAAUAAUCAAUCAGUCGAUUCUUUUUCUUCAAGAUAAUAGGUAGAAUAAGCAUUAUCAACAUAAUAAAACAGUAAUCAGCAAAUUAAUCCUCUUUUUUAAAGACAAUAGGCUCAAUCACUUUAUUAAAACAACAACCAACCUUCUGAUCAUCUUUUCAUAAGAUAAACACAAUAACAAUAACAAUAACAAUAAUAACUUAAUCAUCAAUAUGUUGAAUCUCAACUUACAAAAUAGUAUACGCAAUAACCUUUAGAAAAUAAUAUCCAACUAGAUGAAUCUCUUUUUUCAAGAAAAACAGUGUAAUAAAUAUCAUAAACAAGUACCUCAAAAGACAAUAAGACUAAUAUAAGUCUAAAUCCUUAAGUACAACCCGAACAAUCAAUUCAGAAAUUAUAUUAAUUUUUAUUACAUAUGAAUCCUUCUCAAGAGAAGAGUUUAAUAGAGUUUUUGUAAGAAAAAUAAAUUUAAUAUAAAUAUACCUAAAACUGA